AAGAGAGUUAUAGGAGGAAGGCAGCAGUCAAUAGCGAUAAAAGAAUUUCUACAAUACCGACGCAGAUAGGUGUUUGCGGCGAAACUAGCAUUUGCGGUUCGUUACUGAUUGGCGCUGGUGUUCGAGCAACGUUUCUCCGCAUGCUACUCGUUGUGGUACGGUUAUUCGUUUAACGAAUAUUAACUGAUGUGACGGUUUUCUUUCCCUAGUCGAUGAGGUUGUAUCUUAUUGGCAGGUGUUCCAUUGUCAUAACGGAUGAAAUGAAUAUUUAUCUGUGGAAAGAUCAUUUUAGUUCGCUCAAGAAAUUGCAAGUAUUUUUCUUAUGGUUUACUGCAAAUUAUUAAGUUUGUUCGCCGAAUUAAUUUUAUACAAGUUACGAAUGAAUGCGAACAACGCUGAAUUUAUGGUUACCAAAAGUGUAUCCCUUGGUGAAUAAAAUUUUAAAUCAAAUCAGAGGAGAAAAAUGUACAAUAGAAGGUAACAAUUGAAGGAGAUCGAGCUAUGGCCAACAGGAAAGACAAAACAUCUGUAGGUUUUCUGGACACAUGGUUCGGCCGGCCAAAAAAGUCCGGGCGUGGAGGUGGGGUCAGAAGUGGUUCGGGAAACAACACUAUACCACGACCCCAUUCCGGUGACGAUUUCAAUGAAAUUGAACAACAACGUUGUAUGAUCGAAAGAAUGGACAAAGAGACGGUGAACGACAAAUUCGAGGAGAUGUUGGCCAACAUGAAUCUGACCGAGGAGAAGAAAGAGCCCUUGAGACAGCAAUCGGAAACGAAGAAGAGGGAGAUGCUGGUUUUGCAUUACAAAGGUAGCAUACAGGAGAAUAGAUCAAAAUUUGAUAAACCAGCGGAUUACAUACAGUAUUUGGCGCAACCCGAUUUGAGCGUCAACAAAAUCUACAACUGCAUCGAGUCGUUAAGAAUAGCGUUGACGAACAAUCCUUUGAGUUGGGUUCAAGAAUUCGGCACCAAAGGAUUGAAACAGGUUUUAGCGACGCUCAACGAAUGCUAUCGGAAUGCCUUCAUAUAUUACGAUAGUGACAACCGGUACGAGCGAAUACAGUACGAAUGCAUCCGAUGUUUAAAGGCUAUUAUGAAUAACACCGUCGGCAUAAAGGAGAUGUUGGCUCAUCACGAAGCACUCACGAUCGUAGCCAGAUCGUUAGAGCCGACCAAACCGUCGGUCAUGUCCGAAGCUGUGAAAUUGCUUGGCGCGGUUUGUCUCAUUUCGAGCGACAGCCACAAGAAAGUUUUGGACGCGAUCACCAUGAACGGUGAAUUCAAAGGAAGAGAAAGAUUUUUACCGAUCGUACAGGGCCUGAUGAACAAGAAGAACGAGAACUUACGGGUGGAGUGCCUUCAACUUAUCAAUUCCAUCAUUUCUUCGGCCGAAGAACUAGACUUUAGAUUGCAUUUGCGAAAUGAAAUCAUGCGAGUCGGCUUGGCCGAUAUUUUAGAGACGUUGGAAAAGAACGAAUCCGAGGAUCUGGCCAGACAUCUAAAAAUUUUCAAUGAUCACAAGGAGGAAGAUUACGAAGAAUUUGUUCAACGAUUCGAUCAUGUUCGAUUGGAAUUGGACGAUGUAAACGAUUGUUUCGAAGUGAUUAAAAAUAUGGUGAUGGAAACAUCCGCGGAACCAUAUUUUUUGUCGAUACUUCAACAUCUUUUAUUCGUCAGAGACGAUGCUCUGGUGAGGCCGGCCUACUAUAAACUGAUAGAAGAAUGCGUAUCGCAAAUAGUGUUGCACCGUUCAGGCUGUGAUCCGGAUUUUAGCGCAACCAAGCGCUUUCAAAUCGACGUUCAACCGUUGAUUGAUACGUUGGUCGAGAAAUCGCGGGCAGAGGAAGAAAGACGAUUGGUCGAAGUAUCGCAAAAGUUGGAAGAGGCCAUAGCUAGUAAGCAGGAAGCGGAGGCGAAACUCCAACACGCGGAGAACAAGAUUAGGGAGCUGGAACAAGGAGGAGCGAGAUCGACCGGUGUUAACGCUAAUGGCGCGAAGUGUUCGUCCACACCGGGAAUAGCCAAUCCACCGCCACCUCCACCGCUUCCAUUUGCGGGACCUCCGCCACCGCCUAUGCCUGGUAUGGCCCCGGGAUCGGGACCGGCACCUCCACCGAUGCCAGGAUUCGGUCCGGUACCUCCACCGAUGAUACCUGGGUUCGUUCCAGGCUUGAACGCUGCUCCGCAAUCGCUACCUUUAGGACUGAAGCCGAAGAAAAAGUGGGAAGUUGACGCACCGUUGAAGAGAGCAAACUGGAAGGCGAUCAUGCCUCAUAAACUUACCGAAAAAUCGUUUUGGACAAAAGUGCAAGAGGAUAAGUUGGCCAGGCCCGAAAUAUUAGACGGCUUAGUUCAAAAGUUCGCAUCGAAACCGAGCGGGAAGAAAAUCGACGAUGUCGUGGACAAAUCAGCUCCAUCGAAGAAAGUUAAAGACCUUAAAGUCCUGGAUGGCAAAGCUGCACAAAAUAUUCUUAUACUACUUAACGGUACUUUAAAACACACGUCGUACGAAGAGGUCAAGUCGUGUUUACUCAAGUGCGAAGGGCCCGUUAUCUCGGACAAUAUACUUCAAGGGCUGAUACAGUAUUUACCACCACCGGACCAACUGUCGAAACUACAACUCUACAAAGAUCAGUACGACGACUUGACAGAGGCCGAACAAUUUUGCAUUACCAUAUCAACGAUCAAGAGAUUAUUGCCGAGACUGAGAUCGUUAAGUUUCAUGCUACGGUACGAAGAACUGGUGCAAGAUGUAAAGCCGGACAUAGUAGCGGGGACGGCAGCCUGCGAAGAAGUAAAAGGUAGCAAAAAAUUUGCCAAAAUUCUCGAACUUAUUCUCCUGCUUGGCAAUUACAUGAAUUCCGGCUCGAAAAACGGCCAAGCCUUCGGAUUCGAGAUCAGUUUUCUUACCAAGUUAACAAGCACCAAGGACGUCGACAACAAACAAACUCUGAUGCACUAUUUGGUGGACACGAUAGAGCGACAAUUCCCCGAGUGUCUGAGCUUCCCAGAAGAGCUAGCACACGUGGACAGAGCUAGUCGCGUUUCCUUAGAAAAUGUACAGAGAACAUUGCGACAGAUGGAUUCCAAUAUUCGAAAUCUUGAACAAGAUUUAUCGAAUGCCAAAAUCCCACAAUCGAACGACGAUUUGUUCCUGCAUGUUAUGGGUCCUUUUGCGAAGAAAGCCCGUGAAUCUUACGAAGUUCUUCAAAAUAUGUUUAAACAUAUGGACAGUUUGUACACCGAAAUUUCGGAAUUUUUUUCUUUCGACAAGCAAAAGUACACGAUCGAAGAAUUUUUUGGGGAUAUAAAAACGUUUAAAGACGAUUUUAUGCACGCUCAGAGGGAAAUAAUAAAACUACGAGAGGGAGAAGAGAAACAAAGACGAGCGAGAGAGGCACGAGAAAAAGCAGAAGCGGAGAAAGCAGCACGGGCUGCGCGAAAACGAGCACUGGUUGACAUGAACGCCCACGAAACGCAGGAAGGUGUCAUGGACAGCUUGAUGGAGGCUCUUCAAACUGGUUCCGCGUUCAGUCGGCCGGAUCAACGACGAAAACGUCAAGUACGCGCCGCUGGUGCAGAGAGAAGAGCUCAACUUAAUAGAAGUCGAUCGCGUACAGGAUUAGUCGGGACUGGUUUACUGGGAAGGGAACUUUCGACAGAACUGUUAAGCUCGGCAUAAUCCAUGGAAUAUCCUGUUUCCGUCCUAAACUCAAAACUGUGAUGGAUCGAAUGUUUGUUUUAUCGGUAAACGAUGAAGCGGGGAAAGAAAGAAAGAAAGAAAGA